GAAAAUUUACAGAGUAAAACUAAUUUAAAAAAGAAGCCAAGAUCCCUCUCUUCUCCAUUGGAAAUCUCAAAAUCCAGCCUUUCAUUGCUCAUCCAAAGCGUCAGCUAAGUUUCUCUUCUGAGUAUUCUAAGGGUAUGAGAAGAGGAACACUACAACUGAAAUUAGCUUAAAAUGGAUGAAAAAGAAGUCAGACUUAUGCAGCUCAAAAAACUAUCUGGCAAGAUUUAGCAUAAAUUUUAACCAAAUUUUGGAGCCAAAGAACCCGUAAGAAAAUUGAUUAUAUAGCAAAAGCAGCUGGCUGCAUGAUGGUGAUGGCAGCAGUUGUAGGGCUGGCUGCUGGAAAGAGGCUUCUGAGAAACUCUUUUUAUUCAUCAGAUUUUGCUGAUAAGUUCUUUCCUGAUCAUGGAGCAACUCAGCCAACGACAGCCUCGAGCAAGAGUGUUAUAUUUGCUCAAAAACCAUCAAAUUUUGGAAUGGAUUCUUCAACUUAUAGACACACAGAACCCAUUAAGAUUAAGGCUUUGAUGACACAUAUUGAUACUUCUGCCCCCUCAGCCACUGAUAACUCCUUCGAAAGGUUGAACACUGUGGAAGAUCAUGGCAGCGAUAUCGAAUCUUCCCUUGAAGUCCUCAUCUUGUUGCAGAAAUCUAUGUUGGAAAAGCAGUGGGAACUUUCUUUCAAUCUUGCAAGGACUGUAACUAGGACUGAGAAGAACAGUAUGACCCCUGGCAUUACUCGUUCUGGGAUUUCGGCGCAGAAACGAAGAGCCGAUAGGAGGAGGAAGUUUACUGAUCAGAAUGUUUCUGAAGUGCAUUUGAGCAAAGGGAAGCAGCAUUCUUCUGUUCUUAGUGCUGAGUUUCUGCAAACUAGUUUGGGAAGUUAUGUAAGGGGUACUCCAAGUGAGGCUUUGCUCAGACAUUCAGAAGUUGUGCAUUUGUCCAGAAAAAUUAAGAUUGGCCUUUUGUUGGAGGAGCAAAAAAUGAAAUUGAAGGAGAGGUUGGGAUUUGAACCAUCAGAUAAACAACUUGCCUUUUCAUUGAAGAUGUCUUGUGCAAGCUUGCGUUCGAAACUAAUGGAAUGUUCUUUAGCAACAGAGAAGCUUGCUAUGAGUAACGUUCGUCUUGUCAUGUCCAUUGCCCAAAAAUAUGAUAACUUGGGUUCUGAAAUGGCCGACCUUGUUCAGGGUGGUUUGAUUGGACUACUUCGUGGGAUAGAAAAAUUUGAUUCUUCCAAGGGCUGUAAAAUUUCAACCUAUGUGUACUGGUGGAUCCGCCAGGGUGUUUCUCGAACAUUGGCCGAGAAUUCUAGGACCUUGAGAUUGCCAACUCAUUUGCAUGAGCGAUUAAGCUCGAUUCACCAUGCAAAGAUUAGACUGCAAGAGAAAGGAAUCACACCAUCUAUUGAUAAUAUUGCAGAGAGCCUGAAUAUUUCAACAAAGAAAGUGAGAAAUGCUACUCAGGCAAUCAGUAGAGUUGUCUCGCUUGAUAGAGAAGCUUUUCCAUCACUUAAUGGCCUUCCUGGAGAUACUCUCCACAGUUAUAUUGCAGAUAACAAUCUUGACAACAAUCCUUGGCAUGGCUUUGAAGAAUGGUCCCUCAAGGAUGAGGUUCAUAGUCUUCUUAGUACAGCCCUUAACAAACGUGAGAGGGACAUCAUAUGCAGCUACUAUGGUCUAGACAAGGCAAGUGAGACAUGGGAGGAUAUUGGAAAACAAUUUGGUUUGUCGAGGGAGAGAGUCAGGCAAGUGGGACUGGUUGCCAUGGAGAAGCUCAAGCACGCAGCAAGGAGGAAGAAAUUGGAGGCAAUGCUCAUAAAACAUUGAUGGUUCUUCAAGUUUUCGUAUUGUAUUGUAUAUAGAGAAGAGGAUAGGAAACUUGUAAAUCCAUAUUUCUUUCUUACUAUUAAAAGUCAGCAUACCUGUAAAUUUAUGAACGGCAAACACUUUUCCUUACUGAUCGAUCUGUGCUGAGGCAACAGUCUCUAUUUUAUAGUAGCAUCAACAUCAGCUGGUUUUAUAGUACAAUCACUGUGUAUUCUAAUCUUC